UCAGAGACUAACCAAUUACUCUGGAUCUGAAUUACCAGAAUUAAUCACGCCCUUCUAGAGAGAGAUUAGAGAGAGACUAUCAUCAUCUUCAAACAUUGGCGUUCAAGAGAAUUGAAACAAAAUGGGACUGUCUUUCACUAAGCUCUUCAGUCGGCUUUUCGCCAAGAAGGAAAUGAGAAUACUAAUGGUGGGUCUCGAUGCUGCUGGUAAGACCACAAUAUUGUAUAAGUUGAAGCUGGGAGAGAUCGUGACAACCAUUCCUACAAUUGGAUUCAAUGUCGAGACUGUUGAAUACAAAAACAUUAGUUUUACUGUGUGGGAUGUUGGUGGUCAGGACAAGAUUCGGCCUUUAUGGAGACAUUACUUCCAAAAUACACAAGGACUUAUUUUCGUGGUGGAUAGUAAUGACAGAGAUCGUGCAAUCGAGGCAAGGGAUGAACUUCACAGGAUGUUGAAUGAGGAUGAGUUAAGGGAUGCUGUGCUUCUUGUAUUUGCUAAUAAGCAAGAUCUUCCAAAUGCAAUGAAUGCUGCUGAGAUUACUGAUAAACUUGGCCUUCAUUCUCUUCGUCAACGCCAUUGGUAUAUUCAGAGCACAUGUGCUACAUCAGGAGAAGGGUUGUACGAAGGCUUGGAUUGGCUUUCCAAUAACAUUGCAACUAAGGUUUGAUAUUUUGAUCUUACUAAUGAUGAUGUUACAUGGAUUAUAUAUAUUUUAAUGUAACCCUCGUUUUGUUUUUCUUCUACAAGCAGCGUCAAGGAUAAUGUGUCGAUUCAACAACAAGAACAAUUGUCUGCGUUUUUUAGUUGAGUUGAGUUGAGUUAAGAUGAUGGGAGAUAUAAUAAUUUUGGAUGUUACUUUUUCAACAAAUAUUGAAUGAUUUCAUUUGAUGUCAAUUUACUAAUACUACUUGUUUGUAUGGUAAGUGACAUCAGUAGCUUCAAACAAUUAGGUAAGUAAUUUUUUUCUAUUAUUAU